UUUUAGUACAAGCAUCAAACAGACGCUGUACAGUAUUGAUAAGAGUUUUCUCAGAUUAUCUCUUCCCGCUUCCAUGAUCCAUUCAAGAGCAAAGGGCAUCAGUCAAACACAACUCAUUCUAAGUCGCCAUUUCAUCAAUCACAUCCAUUCUCAUACUCAUAAAUACCACCGCACUCCCAAGACCAAAUCACACCAUCAACAAAGACCUCACAACCACAAACCCACCCCAAAGCCUCGCAAGCCCAUACCUUUCGUCUCCGAUGUCAAAGCCGUACAAGACCCAGACGAGGCUUUAUUUCUCUUCCACGACUACCACAAAAUGGGCUUCAAGCACGACUAUCCCUCUUACUCUUCUCUCAUUUACAAGCUUGCUCGUUCUCGCGACUUUGAAGCUGUAGAGACCAUUCUUGGUCUUAUACAAGACCGAGACAUUCGAUGCAGAGAGACCCUUUUCAUCGUUUUGAUUCAACACUAUGGAAAAGCCCAUUUGGUGGACAAAGCCGUGGAGCUUUUUCAUAGAAUGCCUUCUUUUAAUUGUGUUCGUACGUUGCAGUCUUGUAAUACGCUUCUUAAUGCACUUGUCGAUAAUGACCAGUUAAAUGAUGCAAUCGAGAUUUUCAAUCGUUCUUAUAAAAUGGGUUUUCGUCCGAAUUCGAUUUCUUUCAAUGUACUGAUCAAAGGGUGGCUUCAGAAGGGUGAGUGGGAACAAGCGUGUAAGAUGUUUGAUGAAAUGCUUGAGAAAAAAGUGGAACCUAGUGUUGUGACUUAUAAUUGUCUAAUUGGAUUUUUGUCUAGAAAGGGUGAUUUAGAUAAAGCAAUGAGCUUGUUUGAAGAUAUGAUACCGAAAGGAAAACAUCCGAAUGCUAUAACAUAUGCACUAUUGAUGGAAGGUUUGUGUUCUGUAGGAAAGUAUACUGAAGCUAAAAAGAUGAUGUUUGAUAUGGAUUAUCAAGGGUGUAAACCACGGCUGGUGAAUUAUGGUGUUUUGAUGAGUGAUCUUGGGAAGAGAGGGAAGAUUGAGGAGGCAAAAUCUUUACUUCAUGAGAUAAGGAAAAGGCAUUUUAAGCCGGAUGUUGUGACCUAUAAUAUAUUGAUAAAUUAUAUGUGCAAGGAAGGUAGAGUGGCUGAGGCAUAUAAAGUUUUGACUGAAAUGCAGGUUGGAGGUUGUGAGCCAAAUGCUGCUACUUAUCGAAUGAUGGUUGAUGGGUUUUGCAGGGUUGGAGAUUUUGAGGGAGGUUUGAAUGUUUUGAAUGCAAUGUUGACGAGUAGGCAUUGUCCUCGUUCAGAAACGUUUAAAUGUUUGAUAAUAGGACUAUUGAAAUGUGGGAAGAUUGAUGCUGCUUGCUUUGUUUUGGAGGAGAUGGAAAAGAGAAAGAUUCAAUUUGAUUUGGAGGCUUGGGAAGCUCUAGUCGGAGAUGCAUGUAGUGGGGAUGGAGGUGCAGGUGGACUUAUAACUGAACUGAUCUCGUCCUGUCAUUUUAGGGAAUCAAUAACUCAAUGAUAUGUCUCCAAUAUUUUGUAGUUGUUUGGGUAGUUUCUGGUGGCAAGGGCCUGAUCGCCAGUGUAAUUGGUGCUUGGGCUUAAUAAUUGACAAGUUCUUUGAGGCAUGAGAUUUUGAAGAGAUGUGAAUGUUAUCCUUUAAAUGGCAACAAGUAGAUUGUCAUGAAUAGGAUUUCCUUGUUUCUUGGUGUUAGGUAGACCAUUCUUUGAUUGGUAUAAAAUAUAAAUAGAGUAGGAGAUGCACUUGGACAUGUCUGAUGAACCCUGCUCAGUGAUGCUUGAGGUUGAAUAUAGGUGCAGGAGGCUUGUAAUUAAACUGAUUUUUCCCAUUGAUGGGCUUCAAGGAAGAGAAAAAAGAUCAAUGGUUUGAAAAACUGAACCAUUUUGUAACUGUUCAUGGUUUGCUGAUGCCAAGGCACUGGUCUUGGUUUUUAAAUUACAGCUAGGGUUUGGUUUCAUUUUCUGAAGAAGCCAUUGUCCAUCCAGUGUGCUUGGAGUUUACAGGCUGAGUCUGCAGCAGCAGUUUAAUCCUUCAUCUAAUUUUUAUGUUGAGAACAAUGGAACAAUAAUAUUCAUCAUACAUGAGUGAAUAUUGGCUCAUGUCUUUUAACUAUAUUUUUCCAUCUGAGAUUAUUAUGUAAAAAGGUUUAUUUAUUGCUGAAGAUGAAAAUUGAACAUUUUGAAAUUCUAAGCUUGAUUGCUGCAUUUAGUGCAGUUAUUGGGCAGGGUGGAAAUCCUAUAAGCACAAGAUAGAUCAUGGAGUGUAAGAUGAAAAAAAGCGGGCAGCAUCAAUCUUCCCAACGUGAUCAAUGGGAUUCCACCCUUGAAUGGGGGUCAACUCCCUCCAGGAAUGACCAUUCAAAGCUUGUUUUGCAACACUAACAGUAUUUGAUGAUGAGCUAACUGAAGGGAAUGAGACAGGGUAUGGUUUGGGUUGUUAGGCACAAGGGUUCUACAAAGCAAGUUCUGAAGAUGGAAAGAGCCAGACCAUGGCUUUCACAACCAUGUGUGAGAGUGGCACCGUGGCGGUUAUGCUGAUAGUCUCAGCUUCUUUGGUGGUCCAUUGAACUGCUACCUCAAAAUCCAAUCUUGCAGUCAUGGGUGGUACUGGUAAGUAUGUCAAUGCUAAGGGCUAUGCCACUGUUAAGACCUUUCCAACUACAAGUGGAGAAUGUGCUGAGUUCACUAUGUAUCUUACUAGCGUGUAUAGAUUUAACAGUGGCUAUAUACUUAUGAAAAUUGUUGGGGUUUGUAAUACAGAAAAGUUGGGCAUUUUUUACAUGCAA